AUGUCAAAAACAGCAAUUCUUCUCACAGGAGCAAGCGGUGCACUGGGUUCUUCGACUCUCGCCCUCCUCGCGGCCAAUUCCAACUUCGAGGUGAUUGUUGUGCUUCGAUCGCUCGCCCGAUCUGAGGCAGCUUUCCGGUCCAGAUAUGCUUCACAGGUCUCGGAAGGCCGUCUGUCCUUCGUGGAGGUCUCGGAUAUGACCAUCCCGGACACCUUCGACGAGCUAGCUAGCAAAGCUGAUGCGAUCAUCCAUAUAGCCACCCCUCUGACGUAUGACAAUCUCAUGGAGACGACGAUCAAACCUAGCUGGGCCAUUUUGCGCAAUAUCUUGAGCGCAGCGGACAAAUCAGGGCGGGUGAGGAGGGUUGUCGUGACGGGGAGUAUGGUCUCAACCAUGCAGAUGGGGGCCUUGUACUCUUGGGGGACCAUAUCAGCCGAGAGCUGGAGUCCUAUCACCCUUGAAGAGGCCGUGCUGAACCCUCUCAAUGCGUACCAGUACUCCAAGGUCUCGGCAGAGGAGAAGGCCUGGGAGUUCAUGAAGGAGAAACCGCGGGCGUUCGACCUGGUGGUCUUGUUGGCGCCAUCCAUCACAGGAAAGAGUCUGCAGCCAGGUUUUAAACCCAACAAGAGCAAUCUCGGGGGCCAGCCAGGGAUUUACAAGGGCCUGUUCGACUGUGACGAGCCGGGCUUCCUGUUCCCAUAUUUCAUGGACGUCGAGGAUGUCGCCCGUGUUCACGUCCAGGCUCUUUCCCCUGGUAUCCCAGGCAACGAACGAUACAUGUUUCACUCGCCCGAGCUGAUGAUGGCUGAUGACAUUGCUGGGGCCGUCCGAGAAGACUUCCCACAUUUGAGACAGCGGGUUCCGGCUCCUCAACGAGGUGUCGAUAGUGGGCUGUCGUCCAACCUGAUCAAGACGGACAUAUCCAAGUUUGAGAAGGCGUUCGGCAGUCAGCAGUGGAAGUCGGCGAGGGAUUCAGCCCGGGAGACCGUCGAGGACAUCGUGGCCUACGAAGAGAGGUAG